CACCAUCAGCAGUCGCAGCAGUUGGCAGCACUCCAAAGGCGUUCCGCAAUCACGUCCGAAGGCACGGCGAGGUCAGGGUGGGGGGAGUUCCGACCCAUGUUUGGAAAUGUUUACUCAGGGGCGCUGCCGGUGGAAGCGUCUAGAACUUACUCCUGGGACUAUCUAAGCCUCGUGUCUUAGGAAAGUGUUGAUCUUCGCUACAGCAGACGUGUCGAACGCAAAUAGAAAUGGCUCAAACAAAAAUACAAGCGAAAAUGAAUGACGCCGGCAAGGGGAGCAGAUUCAGCAGGACCAUGUCGAUGGCGGAUCGCUCCGGGAGGCUGCUGGAACAAAUGGACCAACUGGAAAUGAGGGUGGAAGCGUUAAGAGAGACGGCAAGCGCAUUGGAACAAGAGAAGGAGAGUUUGUUGGAAAUGAUUCAGUCAAUGAAGAACAGCCAAGAAAUGCGCAACAUCAGCGACGGGGAACGAGAAGAGCUCACAGUAACGGCCGACCGUUUGUUGGGACGGACCCUGACCGUCGAGGUUUCCGUGGAAACCAUCCGAACCCCUCAACAGGAGGACGCUCUGCGUAAAGCUACUUCUCUGAUUAAUGAAAUCGUCGCGAAAGUGUUGGACGACCUGGACAACGGAAGAAAACGACUGAUCUCUUUGCAUGCAGCCUGCGUCACCGAAGUUCCCCCGGUGCCAAUCGAUCAAAAGUUUCAGAGCAUCGUGAUAAGCUGUGCCUUGGAGGACCAGAAGAAAAUCAAGAGGAGGCUGGAAACGUUAAUCAGAAAUAUGGACAACGCAGGGAAAACUAUCAGGAUCAUGGAUCAGCAAAAAGUGGUUGAUUCAGAGAGCGCUAAUGGCAAAUAAUGGGUAUUGUAUUGAUCCCUGUCCGAUUCCACAACGUUGUAUGACCUAUAGGCUAAUAAUAUUUUCUUUUUAAACUAUGAUCCACCGUAGGAGACCAAAAAAGGAAAUGAAUUAACGUUGCAUUCUACGCAGUGACAUCACAACCACCGAUAUGCAAGGAACACCGUCUGUGCACGCAGAUACUGGAUUAUUUCAAGAUGUUCCAGGUUUAUUAUAUUGCAGGGUUCAAGGAUAUUAACCAGACCAUGACUCUGUCAGUUGGUGGCAGGAAGGAACAGAGCUUAUCGUUACUGUUAAAGUCAAAGGAAUAGAAGCUUAAUUUAUAACUAAACUAACUUUAAUAUGGCAGAAGUGUCUGCUUGCCACAACAGUCAGCGAUGGGUACUGUUUCAUUUUCACACUUGAAAUACAUGAAAUGCUUCCAAGUAUUUUGUCAUUUGUAUUAUAUGAGCUUGGGAAAAUCUUGACGUAAUUGUAAAAGUAAUCAUUCACAUGGACAUUGACUAUAGAGCCGGCUCUACUGAAUUAUCUUGGACAUGUUUGACUUUCCUCUGUGUUUGACCGAAGCACUGUAUUCGUCUGCCACUGCUAGGCAUUCUGUGGUGUGGGGCGGGUUCAUAAUGUGCCGAGCUGAAAAGAUGCACUGGCAGUGCCUGUAACCUAGGAAUCGAACUCUGGAUGCAAAUCGAGUUCUCUCCCCACUACAUCACCGUGUAUUUCAGCGGGUGUGGUUCAGUCAGCUGAGUGUGUCAUGUGCACUUCCAACUCACACCACUUUUUUUUUUGCCACCCAUUUGAGAAGGAACAAAAUGCAUCAGUUUUUGGAACAGGACAAAGGAAUCUCACUACUGAGUGUUAAGUGAUUUAAUCUUGAGUAUGACUAACCGUUCCUAAAGCCACAGGACAGACACAUACACAGUACAAGAUCUUAAUGCGUUCACCCCAGACUCUUUUACUAAAAAGUUAAGUCAGUUAAAAGUCCAAACAAAGAUUAUGCAGGUGCAAAGGUCCAAGGUUCUGAACUGCUGGUCACACAAAGGUCGUAUUUCCCAGCAGCCAUAACCAGUUCUCUGCUCUUGCCUAAUGACUGAAGCUAAGCACACGUGGGCUUGGUUAGCACUUGUGUGGGAGAAAUCUUGGGAAAGCUUACGUUGCCACUGGAAGUGGUGCUGGAGGGCUAGCUGGGAGUGGUCCUAGGACAGCCCAGUGCUCCAGUACCGACUGAUGAGAUGUUGAACCGAGGUCCUGACUCACUGUGGCCAAAAUGCCUGUAACAGUGUCCCUUGAUGUUGAUCACAGAGUAGAUCAGGAGUCUUAAACCCUGCUCCUGGAGAGCCACAUGAUCUGCUGGUUCACUGCAAUUCACUUUCAGAUUGUGACAUGAAAAGCUGUUUAAUUAAAAACCUAUUUCAGCACUGACAUCAGUUUUAGUACAUUAAUAGUUUUCAGUAUUUAUUUGUCAAUAUUUAACAUAUUUCUAGGGUCCCCAUAGGUUCAUGUAAACCUUCAGAAUGUAGAUUUUCAUUUGUUUAUAACUCUUCAUGAAACUCAUCCUGUUUUCCAAACCAUGAAUAUAAAAGGCAGAACUCUUUACCUGCUAAAGUACCUCAUUGAAGUGUUAGGGCUUUUCGAUAAAAAUAAAUCUCUUCACCUUUAUACUGAUGCCCACUGGGAGACAAUAGGAAUCCUGUAUUUAACCUAGCAGUGCUAUGAGGUUUAAAUUCACUGACCUUCCACAUCCUCAGUUUUCUAUAAGGGAUUUUAGAAUAGGAUCACUUUUGACUAAAUGGAUGUAGAUGCAUGAAAUCACAAAAUGUCUUCACAAAAGCAAAAAAAUGGCCUGGUACUAGGUCAUACAUAUAGACUGAAGUAAGUUUCAUUUUUUCAUUUCAUCUUAAAAGUACUUUUCAGUACUUUAUCUUGAUCAAAAUGAUGUCGAAAAUAUAUUUGUAUUUAGUGAAAAAUAAAAGUUCACCAAUGUGGACUCUU